AUGGCGCCCUUUAAGGAUGAGCAAAUAUUGAUCAUUGCGCCCGGCUCGCGAACGACCCUUGCGCAGCUCGGUCUGCCUGAGUCUCUGACUCCGGCGCGUUUUCGCAUACGUUCCUGCAUGUUUCCCGCCGAAAAGCCUGGCGAGUUCGAACCCAACAAAGUCCGCCGGAAAGAUGCCCCUCCCGCCGAUGGUGAUAGCGAGCCUGAAUACGAAGAGGAUGUCCUGUCCGAGCAGGGCGCUGUCUGGCCUAUUCAACAAGGUCGCAUUGUCGAUUGGGACUGCUUCUUUGCUCUGGUCGACCACGUCUACCGCAACAUCAACCCACCUUUCCACACUGCCGUCCUCCUCAUUGCUCAGCCAACAUGGACUCCCAAGGAACACGAGAAGAUUGCCCAGUUCAUCUUCGAAAAGCUGAAGCCUCCAGCCUUUGGCCUAAUGGAUGCUGCCUCGGCCACACUAUACGCAUAUGGUGUCUCCACUGCCACCAUUGUUGAUGUGGGAUACGAGAAAGCCGACGUCACUGCCAUUUCCGACUACCUGAUCCACGACACAGGCCGCGCCCUUAGUGUGCCCAGUUGUGGUGGAGAGGCCAUGACCGAACGUCUCUUCCAGCUCCUUGCGUCGAGAGGCUUCUCCAAAGAAGUAUGCGAGCAAUUGAAAAAGAACCCUAUCUGCGAAAUUCUGCCUCCGGAUGUGGAGUUGCCAUCAGAGAACGCUCCAGCAUCGGCCGAUCAACCAUCUAACCCUGCUGCAGCUGCCAGCACUGGUGCGGAAGGCUCAGGUCCCGGGCAACGGACCACCACUGCAGCCCUUGGAGAGACGCCUCUAGGUCCAGGUCCUGGCACACAGGUCGGCAGCGAACAGCAAGACGGCGAGGAUAAUGAAGGUGUGCUAGACAUUGCAAGCAUCGUCACAGGCGGAAACAUGACAGAAUUCCUGGAACGCAAGGAGAAAGAGAAGGCUGAAAGACUCGCGGCAAAGAAGAAGGGCACAGAAGCCGGUUCCGCUGGCGCAAAGCCUGCAAAGCUGCCCAACUCCAAAAGACUUAAGAACACUUUUGUGUAUGAGGAUCACAAUUUGCGCGAUGCCAUGAAGCAACAAAACUAUAGCGACAAGCAGAUUGCAGACAUGCAAGCUGCUGUCGAUGUUGGCACUGCAAAGAAAAGCGAUGCAGACGCAGGUGACGGAGAUCGUCUCGUGAGCGAUGGCGCUCAGGAUGACCUGCAUGCACAUGGCGGUGCUAUUCGCCGAGAAGCCGAGGUCGGUAUCGAGCGAUUCCAAGCUGCUACUGGUGGCAUACUGGACAGACUGGCUGAUGUUAUCUACCGCACUGUUUCUUCCGUCGAAGAGGUGGGUAAGAGAAGCGAACUGUGGGACUCGCUCAUCAUCGUUGGUAAUGGAUCCAAGGUCCGCGGUUUCAAAGAGGCUCUCCUCACAACACUGCAAACCAAGUACCUGAUCUCACCAUCUUCGGCCACCAUCUUCACAUCCGAACUUCCUUCAAACCUCUCUACCCCAAUGGCAACCGGUGCUAACACCCCACAACCUACACUACCUCCACACCUGGGCUCUGGUGUCAAUCCUUUGUUAUAUGCUGCGACAACGGCUCAAAAUCCACAGCUGAACCCUAUGAGCGGUGGAAUGCCAAGUGGAAACAUGCCUCACAGCUUGCACACGUCACACGCACAAUCUCCGACAAGUGUAAAAUUCGCAAAGAUGCCUGAAUACUUCCCUGAAUGGAAGGAUGCUGGUUAUGAAGAAGCAGUGUUCCUUGGCGCUCAGGUCGCUGCAAAGGUGCUGUUCAUGGCAGACCAAGGUCUGAACAAGGGCUACAUGACGAGGACAGAUUACAACGAACAGGGACCUCAAGGGAUUCACGAUUGCAGCAUGUGA